UAUUACUUCCACAGAUAUAUUUCAGUUUGAGAAUAAUUUGGUGCGGUUUGUAUUAUCAACCUACGCUGUGUUGAUUUACCGACGAAUUCCGGUCUUAUCGCAAAAUCAACUCCUCGGAAUAUUAUUCUAUUGUUAUAGUUAAAAAUACGCCGGAGCAGCUCCUAGCGAAAAUGAGUCGACUCUUCAGUACUGGUUCGGUUCUCGGCGCGGGUGGCAGCAAAAUGGCUAGCAACUUCCGGAAAGUAACGCACUGCAUCUUCGACAUGGAUGGGCUGCUGCUUGACACCGAGAAAAUCUACACGGAGCUGACGCAGAGCAUCGCCGACCCGUACGGCAAGGUCUACACCUGGGAAAUCAAACAAAGCGUGAUGGGCCUGCAGCGGGAAGCGGCCGCCGAGGCCAUCAUCAAAGCCCUGGACCUGCCGAUGACUCCGGAAGAGUACGUUGAAAUUUCCACCGAGAAAAUCAACCAGAUGAUGGGAAACUGCAAGAUGAUGCCAGGUGCGGAACGCCUCGUCAGACAUCUGCAUCAGCACAAUGUUCCCAUCGCGUUGGCCACCAGUUCCGGGUUGGAUUCAGUAGAGGUGAAAACGAAAAAUCACUUGGAAGUAUUCGAUCUCUUCCACCACAAAGUCAUGGGUUCGUCCGACGCCGAGGUUAAAGAGGGCAAACCGGCACCCGAUAUCUUCCUGGUGGCCGCUUCACGCUUCCCUGACAAACCCAUUCCAGAUCAGUGCCUUGUGUUUGAGGAUGCACCGAACGGAGUAACGGCGGGAGUGUCCGCCGGAAUGCAGGUCGUCAUGGUGCCGGAUCCGCACAUAGAAGAGGCCCAGCGGAAGCAUGCCACCGUAGUUUUGAAAUCGCUGGAAGAAUUUAAGCCGGAGCAAUUCGGUCUACCGGCCUUUCAAUAGGAAUAUUUGAAUCAUUAGUUUUUAACUGAUUUAGGACUACUAGAGAUGUAAGAGCGGUAAGAGCUGAUACGUUAUUGAUGUACUAUACUGUGUAUGGGUGAAUCUUGACGCAGAUGUUCGGACGAUUUUUUUUUCACAUAAUAGAGAUACAUACAUUUGAUAUAUUUUCGAUCAUGUGAUGUUAAA